CUCCACUGGAGGAUCACAAUAGCUGUUCUGUAAUGUGACAUUUCAAUCUUAAGCAUGUGGGGAUCUGUUCAUUUACUCCUGGGUUUAUGUGCGCUGCAUCUGUUUAUCACUUUUAGUCGGACAUCUGUGGAUGCAUCCAGGAAACCAUGGGCAACAGCUGAUAAUGGGAGGGUUGGGACUAGGACGACCAGAGCUGUAAACAAACCCAUACCUGUUAACUGUAAACUGGCGAGCUGGUCAUCAUGGACUCCAUGUAACUCCUGCACAGACACAAAGAUGCGUUUCCGGUACUUGGAGAAACCCUCACAGUUUAGAGGCACAGAGUGCAUAGAGACAUUAUGGGAGAGGCUGGCGUGUCCAAGAGCAACCACGCAGUGUCUGGUGACAGAUUACUGCGGCGAGAGCUUCACCUGCAACGAAACAGGCCGCUGUAUCAGCCAGUCACUUCUCUGCAACGGAGAGCCAGACUGUGAGGAUUUCUCUGACGAGGACGUCUGUGAGGACUUCAAUCAGAGGAGCGACAAGUGUUCUACCCUGCUCACGAUCCCUGGUGCCCAGCGUGGAACUCAGGGCUACAGCGCCUUAACUGGAGACUUUGUGGAUCAUGUACUUGACCCAAAGUACUUUGGAGGAACGUGUGAAUACGUCUAUAAUGGUGAAUGGAGGGCAUUCACCUAUGACUCCUUCUGUGAGAACCUGCACUACAACGAGGACAAUAAACACUACAGGAAACCCUACAACUAUCACACCUACCAUUUUGUGGCUGAGGCUACGUCGGAGGGCUCUCAUGAGUACUAUGACGAUGUGGCGAGUCUGGUUUCGGCACGAAAAACCAUGCAUUCGUCCAAUGCUGGCGUCACAGUCGGGGUCUAUUAUGUGCAAGUGGGACUCAGCGGGAGCGUCGAGACGGAGUUUCUCAAGAACAUAACACAGUAUAAAAGCCAGAAUCUCGGCUUUGUUCGGCUUUGGGCCAAAGUGCAAACAGCCAACUUCAAGAUGAGAACCAGUAAACUGAUGCUUCAUGAUGAUUUCUACAUGUCACUCAUGGAGCUCCCCGAGCAGUAUGACUUUGGGAUGUACUCGCACUUCUUCAACACGUUUGGCACCCACUUCGUCACGGAGGGGAAAAUGGGAGGAACGCUUGAAUAUGUCGUGGUGAUCAACAAAACCUCCAUGGCCAAAUCAAAACUCGAGGGCGAACAAGUUGGUCGAUGCAUCGGCGGCUCUUUUGGUUUGAGCAGUCCACUCGGUGACUAUGGAUCAGCAGAGCUCACAGUGGGCGGGAAUACGUGCAAAAAGAAGGGAGACUAUAGUGGAGCUCAGGACUCGAGUUCAGUUGUGAUUGAGGACAUCGUUACUCUAGUGAAGGGAGGGCUCACACACAGCAGCAGCGGCCUGGUGGCCAUCAGGAAUCCAGAAACCUACCGUCGCUGGGGUGCAAGUCUGAAAUACAACCCAACAAUCAUCGAAUACGAGACCAUGCCAAUCUACGAGCUGGUGCGCCGCAGCACAGCCGCUGACCAUGUCGGUGCGAGGCUGGCCAACCUGCAGAGAGGCUGGUCUGAGUAUCUGCAGCAAUUCGACUCCUGUCGCUGCGCUCCCUGCAGACACAGCGGGAUCCCCGUCCUCUCUGGUACCUCCUGUGAGUGCAUCUGUAAGUCCGGCUACCAGGGACUGGCCUGUGAAGAGACUCUCAGAAGAGAUCCCAAGACAGACGGGUCAUGGUCUUGCUGGGGGGCCUGGUCAUCCUGUACAUCAGGGAGGAAGACUCGGACUCGGACCUGUAACAAUCCCCCUCCUGAUGGAGGUGGAGCAGCUUGCCAGGGCUCUUCCUCUCACACUCAGCGUUGUUAAAAUGAAGCAAGGCAAAAAAAAAAACUUCUUAAAUAAAAAAAAAAACAAAUCAAAGAAAACAGUUUCUUUCAUGAAUGCCAGAACUGUGAAACAUAACAUCUCACACUGUGUGACAAACUGUACAUCGAAGUAGAAAUAAAUGUGUGUAGUGAA